CAAAUAUAUUCCGGGGUGGGGCUGAUUUACAAAGAUAACGAAAAUCGUAUAAAUAAUAAUCAAUUUGACCAAAAAUUAUUGUUAAGUUCACUAACGACCAAAUACAAUGGCUGCUAAAUUUUUAGUUCUCGCCGCAUUCGUUGUAGUAGCUAGUGGCUACGAACAUCAUGAUGAAAAUUUCGGUCAUGGAGCUCAACAUGCUAUCUCCACCUACUCCACCGUUCAACAUCACGCCCCAGCAGUCCACGCAUAUGCUGCUCACGUUCCCGCAGUCCAAACCUACGCUGCUCAACCACUUGUCCAACAAUAUGCUGCUCCAGUAGUCCACGCCUAUGCUGCUCCAGUUGCCAAAACUGUUUAUGCUGAACCAUCUGCACCAGCUCAUUACGAUUUUGCCUACGGCGUAGCUGACCCACACACUGGCGACUCCAAACACCAACACGAGUCUCGUCGUGGAGAUUUUGUUCACGGAAGUUACUCCCUCUUGGAAUCCGAUGGAACCAAACGUGUCGUAGACUACACUGCUGAUCCACACCACGGAUUUAACGCUGUCGUACAUAACGAACCAGCUGUACACGCUGUAGCCCCAGUUGUAGCCAAAGCGAUCGUUCCCAAUGUAGCAUAUUCUGCACCAGUGCAUCAGGCUUACGCUGCUCCAGUAGCUCAUACUACAUACUCCGUUCCAACACAUGCUUAUGCCGCUCCAGUAGCUCAUGCCGCUUAUGCCGCUCCACUUGCUCAAACCUACUCCACCUCAGUCGCCCAUGGUUAUGCUGCUCCUUUAGGCCAUGCUAAAGCUGGUCAUUAUGGAUAUGCUGCCCAGGCUCCAGUUGUGUCAUACAAUGUCUAUUAUUGUGAAGUUUACGACCUUACAAGCAUUAUGACAGCCAAAUUUAUAGUUCUUGCUGCAUUCAUCGCAGUAGCUAGUGCUGGCUCUUGGGGUUCGGGUCUCGGCUACUCCGCACCAGCUCUAGUUGGUCAUGGAUCUCACGAUGCCAUCUCUACCUACUCCACUGUUCAACAACAUGCUCCAGCUGUCCACUCAUAUGCUGCCCACGCUCCUCUCGUCCAUGCUCCAGUUGCCCAUUCCUACACAGCUCCAGUCGCUCACGCUUACGCUGCUCCCGUUGGUCAUGCUCACGCUGAACCCUCUGCACCAGCCCAUUACGACUUCGCAUAUGGUGUAAGUGACCCCCACACCGGAGAUGCUAAGAGCCAACACGAAUCUCGUCGUGGAGAUGUUGUUCACGGAAGCUACUCCCUCUUGGAAUCCGAUGGAACCAAACGUACCGUAGACUACACUGCUGAUCCACACAAUGGAUUUAACGCUGUUGUACACAAAGAACCUACUGUACACGCUGUUGCACCUGUCGUAGCUAAAGUUGCAGCUCCAGUCGUUGCUAAAAUCGCAGCUCCAGUAACGUAUGCUGCCCCAGUAGCUCAUGCCGCAUACUCUGCUCCAGCAGUUCAUGCUGCCUACGCUGCUCCAGUUGCCCAUGCUUCCUAUGCUGCUCCAGUUGCCCAUAAUUCCUAUGGUGCCCCAGUUGCCCAUGCUGCCUAUGCUGUCCCAGUUGCACAUGCUGCUUAUGCUGCUCCAGUAGCCCACGCCUCUUAUGCAGCACCAUCUGUACAUGAAUACGGUACCUCAGUUGCUCAUGGUUAUGCUGCUCCUUUGGCCCAUGGUCAUCAUGGUUAUGCUGCUCCUUUGGCCCAUGGUCAUCAUGGUUAUGCUGCUCAUGCUCCAGUCCUUGCCCAUAACGUAUGGUAACUCUAGGAAGGAAGAAUUGUAUAUUUUGUAUAUAAAUUAUUUAUACUGCUUGCAAUACAAUAAAAGGUUGUCGAAAACUA